UCUGUGUUGGGAUGAUGAUUACGUGUAGCUUACCAACUAGCAGUAACUAGCUUGACAGACGAGACAGCACCCUGCGAGUUGGUAUUGACUGUCACAACGACAGCUAUUCUUUGAGUGGAUACGGCGAAACGCACAGUCAUUGAGCACCUGAAAACGCCACGAACUAAUAUUUUUAUCGAAGUUUAUAUGAUGUAGCAGAAUGGAAUCACCAGUUCGAACUUGUCUUGAGUGGUACUGCAUAAGGACGUGGCUCUGUUUCAGCCCUCAGAACAAGGAGCCAUAAACUCCAUGCAGGGAGUGAAUUUGCUUGCUUACCAGAAACUGGGAAUUGCACUCAAAAGGAGACAGUGAAAGGACAGACAUGUUCGCCAAAUUGAAGAAGAAGAUAGCAGAAGAGGCAGCCACAGCACCUCGGAGUGGUGUUCGUAUCCCGCGCACCAUCAGCAAGGAAUCCAUCACCUCAGUGGGGGCUGACUCGGGAGAUGACUUUGCAUCUGAUGGCAGCAGCUCCAGGGACGACCUUCCCGCCCAACUCCUCAGAAGGAAUGAUCAGAUCCGCAAGCUUGAGGCCAAGCUAUCAGACUACGCUGAGCAGCUACGAAUUAUGCAGAAGACCAAGGACAAGCUUGAAAUUGCAUUAGAAAAGCAUCAGGAUUCAUCCAUAAAGAAACUUCAAGACCAGAAUGAGACUCACCAGGCCAGCAAAACCAAAAUGGCAGAGGGGAUGGCUUUUGCAUUGGAAAAGAAGGAUCAGGAAUGGAUGGAGAAGAUGGCCGUUGUGGAGAAAGAGAAGGCUGCCCUGUCAGCCCGGCUUGAAGAGAUGAUGGAGCAAAGCUUAGCACUCUUCCAGAAAAGGGAUGACCUGGAUGAAUUGGAGGGCUUUCAGCAACAAGAGCUCGCUAAAGUUAAACACAUGCUGCUGAAAAAGGAGGAGCAGCUGAGCAAACAGGAGCAGGAGUUCCAGCAGAAGGAGGCAGAAUUUCAGAUGGCAAAGCGAGGGCUGUCUGAGGCUCGGGGGAAACUGAAGGCCCUGGAACAGCAGCAUGAGGAGAGCUGCAGACUCAACUCUGACUUUGAAAUAGAGCGAGAGGAACUGCUGCUGCUCAGAGAAGAGGCAGAUAAGAAGAUCAGUAAGCUGGAGGGAAAAUGCCAAGAACUGCAGUCAGUCAUCCAACAGGUCUCUGAAGACUUUCAGAAAUCACAGAGUAUGGUGUCAACGUUAGAGAGGUCCCUGCAGGAAUUACAGACAGAAAAUGAUGCCCUGAAGUUACAACAACAAAAGGCUGCUGUGACAGAGGAGGACAAGGAGCGCUUGUUAACGGACCUUCAGAAAAAAGUGACUUCUCUUGAGAGACGACUGCAGGGGAAUCUUAGCCAGGACGACCAUCUGCAGGAGCUUCUCCAGGAGAAGUCCAGCUUGGAGCAAAGUCUGGAAGAAACCAGAGCAGAGCUGCUAGUGGUUCGGACAAACCAUGCUGAUACUGUCAGCUCUCUGGAAGCACAGGUAUCCAGAAUGAGCUGCAGCAUCACUGAGCUGCAAACCCUUCUCCGACACAAAGAUGACUCCUCCAGAGCCUACAAAGAAAGAACAGACGCACAAAUAGCUAACCUGGAGCAGAAGCUCCUUGACAGUAAUGAGAGACUGAAGAGUGCAGAGCAGCAGAUCACAGAGAAACAACAGCACAUGGAUAAACUGCAAGGAGAGUGGAGUGCAGAGAAGGCAUUUCUGGAUCAGCAGGUAUCUUUGUUGGAGCAGCAGAGUCAGGAGAAGACCAGCAGGUUGGAGGACAGCAUCACCUCUCUACAGACAGAAAGACAGAUGCUGCAGGACAGGGUGGCUGAUCUGGACAAGCAGAUAGGAGAAACAAACUCCACUCUGAAGCAGCUGACAGAAGAGCUAGAGCAGUGCCAGGUGGAGUUGAAUAACCGGCAGACAGUGAGCUUGGAAAUUGCCAAAGCUCUAGAAGAAACCAGACAACAGAAGGGGGAGCUGCAAACACAGGUUGGAGAGCUGAACACAUCUCUACAGAGCUCACAGCAGGAAGUGUCCACAGUCACAGAGAAGCUAACACUUCGAGAGGAAGACAUCAAAACACUCCAGAAUGAGGUGCAGCAUCGGCAGGCAUCACUGGUCCAACUUCAGGAGGAGGUGGAGCGGCAGCGAGCCCAGAUGGAGCAGAUGGAGCAGGACAAAGACUCCCAGCUGAUGAGCCUGAGGGAGGAGCUGCUGAGUCAGACACAGCAGUUAGACAGCUGUCAAGCGCGGAUCUCAUACUUGGAGGUGGAGGUAGAGACCCUAACAGAACAGCUUCACAGCCCUGCAGUGUGUGAGGAGAACCAUAAUGGCAGUGUGACUGUGGAUGAUCUGGAUCACAUUCAGAAGGUCAACAGAGAGCUGGAGCAGCAGCUCAGUGACAAGAACAGGACCAUCAAGCAGCUACAACAAAGACUGGCAGAACUGAAGAGGACGCUGCAGAAGGAACUGAAGCUAAAGCCUGAGCCAGAAGCUGAAGGGAAGGAGAAGUUGCCAGAAAUCCGAGCAGAAAAACAAGAGAGGUUUUGUCCAGAUCUGCCUCUAGUAUCCAACCCCAGCCCGCCAACCUCCAACCCCACAGUGACCAACACCUCAGACCUCAACGACAAACGAGAAAUCAACUUUGAGUAUCUCAAACAUGUUGUGCUUAAGUUUAUGUCAUCCAGAGAGGCUGAGGCAUACCAGCUAAUACGAGCUGUAUCUGUGCUGCUGAACUUCACUCGGGAGGAAGAGGACAUGUUGAAACAAACUCUGGAGUACAAGAUGUCCUGGUUUGGAUCCAAGCCUUCUCCUAAGGGGAUCGUCAGGCCUUCAGUCUCAGGCACUGUGACUCACUGGAGCUGAUGAGCAUCAGAAAGAGCUGAAGCGAUGGAGAGAGAGGGGAACUAAUGAGCCACUUCCUUGAGGAGAGAGACCUUCCUCUGAGGCUCCCAUCACUGAGCAUGACUCUAGCUUUAAACUUUGAACAUUCUCCCACAGUUCUGUCUGUAUCAGUUUUGUCUGCUCUGUGGGGACAGAGGACUGCACAGUAUGUUUGUGGGAUUAAGACCUAUUCAUAAUCAGUUGUUUCUUGUCAAUGGCAGAUGGACGUUUGACCAAAUGUUAUAGAGUGUAAACUGACAGACACAUCAUUCACAAUGGAGUUGUGUCUCAAGUCUCAUUUGUCUUCCUUGACAUAUGACACAGAUCUGAUAUUUUCUAGUCUAUGAAAACAUGAAAAACUGAGUUAGCAUGAAAGAAAACGAAACAAACAAGAAAAGAGAUAACAGACUGACUUGACUGUUGUUUUAGGAACUGCCUAAUGUUUUACCCAGAUUGUGUUGGAACAAAAAGCAAUGUGACCUUAAUGGACAAGUGGUACAGGCUUUGAUUGCAAAAGGACCUUUUAGCCUGUCACUUUGCUACUAUUUAAUUUUAAAUCACAGAGGGCUGCUUAAUUAAUAUGUAUAAUUUAAUGACCUGAACAGGAUACCGAAGUUGAUUUGGUUUCAAUAUAGUGAAAUUAUUAAAUGAUUCCUGCUAAAUGGACAUAAAUGGUUCAUAUUUAUGUUGAAGGAUCUAAAUUUGCCUACAUGUGGAAUUUGCAGGGCCUUUUUUCUGAAUUUGUACUAAAAUGUCAACUAUUUAUAUAAUGGAAUAGCAGUACAUUUGUUUUCUUUAUUAUCAAUUGAAAUACAAUCAUGGUAGAAUUUAAAGAAAUGUCUUCGUCUACUCUAUCAUCCAGGGAUGGGAAUUCAGUCUGGCAAUUCAAUCUGUGUAUCAUUCCGUCUUUUAAUAUUCAAUAGGGAAACCAAAAUCAGAACAUGUAAGAAAAAACAAAACAAAACAAAAAACAAUCCUAUUUCCUAUAAUCAUAUAAUGUGAUGAAUACCAAAAUCAAGUUCAGACCCUGACUUUUUUUUAGUUCCCUUUUUUUUUUUUUUUAAUCUCAGCAUAAAAUGGAAGUAUGAAAAACAAACCAUAUUUUUUUAGUAUCAGAUUCAUAAACUAAUAAUGAAAUAACACAUUGUUUUUUCAUUUUCUGAUUUUGGUUUACUAGUUGAAUAUUAAAAGAAAAAUGAUACACUUCAUUUCUGUCCCUCCAAUUCCGUAACUUCAUGAGAAAUGAGAAUAUUGAUAUUUUAUUAUAUAUAAUUGAUGCUUAAUAAUUAGUCGGUAUUGACAUUGAACCCAUAAGUCAGUUGUCAGUCUCAACAAGACUUCAACUGUUGAGGCCCAUACACGUAUUACAAUAUAGUUGAUGCAGAGUGAAAAAUCUAAGAAUAUUUUGAUAUUUAGUGAGCAUUUUUGAUAAGGACCGCUUAAAUUUGGUUGACAAAUAUUUUGGACCAAGAUCCUCACUGAGAAGAACCUAUCACAGUGUAAAAACAAACUCUUAAGUCCUCCCUUGUGGACAAACUGUUUAAGAGGGACACUGUUCUGUUUUUAAAAUACUGAAAACAUAGUGUAUCUUUGGUGUUUCUGCACUGCAACCUCUUGUUAUCUACCAACUUACAUAAACAUAUGUACUGUUAUUGUCCAUGCUGUAGUCUGACUGCUCAUCUAAAUGAGUAUAAAAUCGUAACAGCAUUGGCCAUGACUGUUAUUAUUUCUAUGGAAGACCUUGCCCCAUGUCCAUUUUCUGUUACCUGGAUUGGCAAACACUAAUUAAACCAUGGCCUCAUCCUAAAACACAUACAGUAUAAGCUAAAUUAUUUGACUAGUAGAGCUUGUUGUGGGGUCAGCUUAGAAGUGCACUCCAUUGAGGCUUAGAACCAUGAAAUGAGAAAAUCUCUUUCCUCAAUUGUUGCUACUGGAUGGACAAAUUGGCUGACACCACCUAUCAAGUAUCUACACAGACACACACACACACUCACACACUGUUUUAAGUCCAUUAACAUCAAUAUGAAUCAUUUAGUCAUCAUCAUUUAGUUUUACAGUGUGGUGAAGUAAGUGAAUGAUAUGUAAAAGAUGACUGGAAGACAUGCUCUACCUUUACCUGCCUUUGCUAAUGUAAAUAAAAGUACAUUCCACAUGUCUAUUUAUAUAUAGAAAUAUGUUCAUACUGUAUGCAUUGAUAACUUUAUAAAUCAGUGGCUGUAAAUGAUUUGAUGUGACCAUUUUGCAGUAUUUAUCAAAAUCAUCAUCAUAGACCUGAACCUAAUCAUGUUUCUGCCUUGGCUUGUCACCCAGUCUCACUGCCCAUCUCUGUCCUCUUCUUCUGAGUGAUGUCACUCACAACAUGAUGAGGUUUAUUUUUACAUCAGAGGGAAGUCCAGAUUUCAGGGAAUCUGCAUGCCUACUGUUAAAGUGCAUAGUUCAAUCUAUAGAGCAGUCUCCUCAGUCCUUUACAAUGCUUUUCAUUUCUGAAGCUGGGGGAUUCAGCACUUGUAUUCGUUCCAGAGGUAUACAUACAGUAUGAAGCAGAAAUACACAUGGUUGCUGUCUGGCUAUGAUUAUCAGUAGCAGAAAAGAAAACUGCAUCUUAGGUCAAAUUGUUGUUUUCAUGGUGUGUGACAUAGUGUGCUGAUUACAUUAUUUGAAUAUUGGGGAUGCAGGAGUAUAUAUUUGAAUGCAGAAUUGUCAUCAUCUAGUAUUACUAAUGACAGGUAGCAGACUGAUGGAUAUCAUGCUGUCUCACACUUUUUAACUGAACUGAUUCUGUUAAACCCUGGAACACAACUGUACAAUCACAACAGCUUUUCUGUCUUUUGCUUUUCAUGAUUUAACAAUUGCUGCCACUACAAAGGUUUCCUUCAUUAAUAAAUCUGAAAUGAUAAAACCAUG